AUGCCGACGGCGGCGACUGCGCUGCUGCUGUUCCUUGCGGCGGUGGCGGCGUUCCGCGGCGCGACGGCGAAGACGACGUUCGAGCCGUGCGCUGGCGCGGACGCGUGCCCGGCUCUGCUGGGCUACACGCUCUACGCGGACAUGAAGGUGUCCGAGGUGGCGGCGCUCUUCGGCGCCGACCCGGCCGCGGUGCUAGCUGCCAACGCGCUCGACUUCGCCUCUCCAGGCGCCGCCAACCGCAUCCUCCCCAAGGGGACGCCCCUCCGCGUGCCCACCCGCUGCGCCUGCGCCGACGGUGUCCGCAAGUCCGUCGCCGUCCGCUACGCCGCGCGGCCUUCCGACACGCUCGGCUCCAUCGCCGAGGUCGUCUUCGCCGGCCUCCCCACCGCCGACCAGAUCCGCACCGCCAACGGGCUCGCCGCCGAGGACCCCGACGCGCCGCUCAACCCCGGCCAGAAGCUCGUCAUCCCGCUCCCCUGCGUCUGCUUCAACUCCACCGACAACAACCUCCCCGCUGUGUACCUCUCCUAUGUCGUGCAGGUCGGGGACACCGUGGAAUCCAUCGCCGCCAGCCACACAACCACCGUCACUGAUAUCAGCAAUGUGAACGCCAUGGGGAGCCCCAUUGUCGCACCAGGCGACAUCCUUGCCAUACCAUUGGCUGCUUGCGCCUCAGCAUUUCCUAACUCUGCUUCGGACUAUGGAUUGCUUGUGGCAAAUGGAACCUACGCACUGACUGCUGGGAACUGUGUGGAGUGCAGUUGCGGGCCAGCAGAUCUCAAUUUGUAUUGCACACCGGCUUCACUGACAGCAUCAUGUUCAAGUUUGCAAUGCUCUAAUAGCAGCCUAAUUCUUGGUAAUGUGACUGCACAACCCACCACUGGUGGCUGCGGUAUCUCGUCUUGCAACUAUGCUGGCUAUGUCAAUGGAACCAUCGCAACAUCGCUAUCCUCAGGUCUUCAACCCAUGUGUCCAGGACCACAUCAAUUCCCUCCACUCACGGCGGUGCCAACUGUGGCAAACCAUGGGUCUUAUUCUCCAUCACCUGCACCAGGACCUGGAGACGCUGGUGGUGCCAUCCCAGGAGGUUCCGGCUUUUCUCCUUCAAAUGGGCCUGCUGGGAACGCCUCGCAAGCGCCCAUUUUGUGUAUGAAGAAGCGAUCCAUCCUUCAAGGCAAGGGUCUGAAGGCAGUUGUACGAGAUAGAGGUGGCAAGGUCCAUGAUCCUGAUGGCCUAUCUCGCACGCGUAUCUCCGUAGCUUUGUUUCUCUCCUUCUCUUUCACGCCAGACUCCAUGGACAAUUGCAACUCAUCUUCCAUGCCCAAGGAGAAGACAAAGCAAGCGAUCUCGCUUCCAAUGGACAAGGACACGAAGACGGCGACCUCGCUUCCCAUGCUGAAGGAGGAGAUCAAGCUGGUGCCAUGUGUGAUGUGUCUUCAAUUGCCCGGAACGAAGACUGACUUCUCGCAUUGGUUCAGAGAGAUGGCAAAGUAUGAGUGUUCCGGGUGCGGCAAGAUGCGCGCUAUGUUUGAGCCACCCUCGGAUGGAUCUUCAACGAACAGCUAUGUCGUAGUUCAACUCGGCAGCAUCCUCCUCCGCCUCGUCGCCGAGGGCAUCCCAGUUGAUCCACCCGGAGCGGUGACCAGCCAUUAG